CUGCAUUUUAUUUAAUAUUUUUCAUCUGUGUAUUCUUGUGUUGUGUUCAAGUAUUGAAGUGAGAUGUGUUUGUGUUCUUUGGGACUUGAAAUAAGUCAAACAUGUUUAAUUUGUGAUAAUAAACCGGACCUUUUUUUACUAUAAAUACAAUAAAAUCAUUAUGUCUAAACGAAAGGCAGGAGUUAAUGAUAUUAUUUAUGAAUUAGAUGACGAUAUUGAAAUAAGUAGUGACGAGGAAGUAGUAGAACCUAAAAUUUCUCGUAUAGAUAAGAAAAACGGUGAAAAUAUUAAUACAAUUUCAUUAUUGAGUGAUCAAAGUAUCACGGAUGUUAUUAACAUUGACUGUUCGAGUGAUGGUAAUGACAACAACAUACUAACCCAAAAACCACAGAAUGGAGGGAAAAGUUCUCCCAUCAUAAUACUUGAGGAGAAAAACGGUGAGCUCAGCCCCCGGAACAUAGACAAUGAAACAGAUAGUAAAAAGUUGACUGGUGAUGGUUCUAAAACUACAAUAUUUAAUGAGGAUAUAGUAAUAGAUUCACCUGCUUCAAACAGUGAUUUAGGGGUAGUAGGGUGCGAAAACAGGACACCUUUAGUCACAAUAAGAUUUAGAGAUAGUAAAAUGGCAAGGAAUUACAAGAAACAGUUAAAAACAUUCAUGCUGAAUUUGAUAAAAUUGCAUGAUGAAGAGAACUUUGCAGGUUCCGACACAGAGACUGACUUAGAGUUAGAUAUCUGGCCGGAAGACCUGGUCGAUGAAGACUUUGAUGAGAGAAAGGAGCCAGAAGAUAAUCUGUUUUUUAUAGAUACUGCCCCUUGUGAGGACAUGCCUUCUGAAGUACCAAAGUAUAGACAGGUAUCAUCAUUAAUUUCAAAUGUGCCUGUUCGAGAACCAUCACCUCCACCUCAACGUCGGGGUCCAAUUUGCUUCAAUUGUGAUGGUGAUCAUCCAUUACGGGAUUGUCCAGCUCCCAAGAACAAAUUUAGAAUUGCAGAAAAUAGAAAAUACAUGGCGUCUACUAGAGUUGGACGCUAUCAUGUAGAGGAUGAGCAGAAGUAUGGUCACCUUAUUGCUGGUCGUAUAUCAGGCCAGCUGCGCCAUGCUUUAGGACUGAAGAGGCAUGAGCUCCCGCUGCACAUCUAUAAGAUGCGGGUGUUAGGGUACCCGCCGGGUUGGCUUGAGGAAGCCAGGAUAUCACAUUCUGGCAUCACCAUGUUUGAUUCAACGGGCACUGCAAUCAUGGACCCUGAAGAAGAGGAAGGUGAAGUCUCUGAGCCUGGUUCCAAAGACAAAUUUGACAUUAAAAAGAUACUAGACUUCCCAGGAUUUAAUGUGCCAGCCACUUCUCGUUACAAGGAGGAGGCCUAUUUAUAUGCCUUACCCGAGAUGUCUGAGCAAGAUAGCAAAUUGGCAAUGCUACAAACAUUGGCCCCGAAUGCAAUGAAGGCCUACAAACGCAAGAAAUUAACGUUCUUCCCCUCUGCAUCCUUGAAUAACUCCACACAAGACGCCCAAGUAGAGAUGGAUUUAGAUAGCGGAGAUGAGACUGCAGAUUUCCCAUGGGUGCCGCCAUUGCCGGAUGAAGCUCCGCCAGCAGUACCUUUGCCACCGCCGUCACCCCCUUCAUUACCACCCCCUCCACCACCACCACCACCACCGCCACCUGACGACUCUACUGAAAACGAAGUUGACAAUGAAGAACAAAAGACUGAUGCCACUACCCGUGAUUCAGCUGAAACUAUAGAGAUAAAUGACGAUGGUGAUGCAAAUGACAUACUAAUGCGUCAAUGUGACAAUCCACCAAAAGAAAGUACAGAAAUAUUGUCACUCCCACAAUCACCUGAAGGUAUUAUCACUAUUGAUUUAGAUGGAGAAGUUGAAAGCCAAACUAGUUCCACAAAAGACAUAAAUAUGGAUGAAGAAACAAUACAUAAAGUUGAAACUACAGAAAUAGAAGUUCCAGAAACGGAUUCCGUUGUGAUUGUUGAAGAUGAAAAGCAGAGUAGCGGCCAACUUAGUCCUAGUAUAGACGAUCUUGAAAAGAAAAAACUAUUGUUAUUACGAGCCCUGGAAGGGUCACAAGAAUCAGAAUCCCAAGAAAUCAAAGCACAUGAAAUUACCUUAACUGAUACAACAAUUGAAGAUGAAAAUGUAGAUAAUAAUAAAACGUCUGAAGACAAUGCUAUUAAUACUUUGACUGAUAUUGAAGACAAAGCUGACAAUAGCUGUUCACAGAAACCAGUUAUAAAUUCUCCAACUAGAAUAGAAUGUAGUAAAGAUUCUAGCUUGGCUGACAGUGAUUCUGAUGUUUCCAAAACACCAGAUUCACGAGCAGGACACAUUAAAGCAACCUCUUAUGGCACACCAGUUGUAAAUAUUGCCUCGCCAUACGACAAAUUGCCUACUGAUGACAAAUUCGCUAAAGAUAUAUGUGACGUUAUCAAUUUCGAGAACCUUCCAAAUUCCACAGGCAAGUAUAAAAAAAUUCAUAACUUGUUGAAAAAAGUGAAAAGUGAAGUUGACAGAAUUCAGGAACUAUGAUCCAUGUCACCUACUUCUAUGAAUGGAGGUGGCACUGUCAAGGACUGUAGUUAGAUGUGAAGUUUUUGUACAAUUAGUAUAUAUAAAAGUAAAAUUGUCAAGUCAUAAGUAUUUUUGUACUGAUUAUGAUGUUAAUAUUUACUGUAUUUGUUAUUAAUUAUUAUUACACUUUGUAACAAAUUAUCCAAAUUCAAUAAUUGUCGUAAACAUGGCGCCUGACUCUUACAUACGAGUGAGACAGUCGAUUGAUAUGUGGCAUGUAUAUUAUGCUCUUGGUGAGUUAUGACGUAAUGGCGAGUGGGCAUGCUCAGACUUCCAUUUGCUUUUCUAUCCGGCAAUUAAAUUCUAUAUAUUGCGUAAUACCAUAUCCUUAAAAAUGCUCUGUCUCACCUUAUCACCAAAAAGCUGCUUAGGUAGUUCCUAUUUGAUGUAACAGUGAAAUUACAAGGUAUGGCGGCUUCUUUCUCAGGAAUGGCAAGGACAUAAAGAGCACCAUAGACGACAGUUCAUUUUGUAAUGUUCAAGGUGCCUCUCACAUAUAUAAAUGUUACAGUCGGAUAAAAAAAUAUGCACCGAGACUUAUACUUCCGUUUCCGCAAAUCGUAAGGCUAAUGUAGACUUAUGCCUAAAGAUUGUUCUCUCAUUUUUAUUCAUGUGAAUGUGUGUCAAUGUACUUGUAUGUGCAUCGUCAUCAACAUCAGCCCACUGCUGAACAUUUAUCAGAAUAUUGAAAAUAUAAUUUCGUCUCCUUUAGUGUUCCUACAUAUAUCCUAUGUCGCACUUCUAAAGACUAUAGGCAAAGUGUAUGGGAUGUUGGCAAUGAAUGGAUUCAUUAUCAUAUCGUUGUAAUGAAAUUGUUUUAUAAUUAUG